AUGCGUGUCCCCUCCCUCUUCCUUUUGCCCGUUCUGGCCGUCACCAUCUCGGCAAGCGCCAUACGGCGAGGCAACGGGCGAUUCCCAGUUCUGCCGGCGAAGAGACAAACCCAAGUCGACAAGGCGACCAUCCCUGUUUUUGACUUCCAUCCCGGAUCGACGGUUCCCGUGGCUGGCACAACGUCAGCCGCAGCCUCGUCGAAGCCUGCCGCCUCGUCGAAUCCUGUCGCUUCAUCAACGGCUGUAGCUCCGACUGAUCCCGCAUCUGAUACCGGUACCAUCCCGGCUUUCGUGAGUUGA